CCCUUUGGGAGCAGUGGGUUGGUCAAAUCUGAUGGGCUUUUGAGCGCAUGCUUUUACUUUGAAAGCCGCAUUCCUUUCACCGGCUCCCUGUCUCAUCCGCCUUUAACGCACCUCCAUCUCCGCAAGAAGCGCCUUUCUCUCAUUUGAAGCGGGGUUGUUGACAGAACAACGACUGUGCCGCACACCUCCUUUCAUUUGGGCUACAGCAAGGGCCCCGAGGAGAGCCCCGGACCCCGUGAGUGAGCAGGGAGGCUUUUCGGCGCUAAUGGUCGAGGCGUGGGGGGGGCGGGGGCGGCAACACGGACAGAACCGGGAUGCAGCAGAACAGCGCCCGCCUGAUUCCUCCCGAGAAUGAUGGUGGUGAUGCACCGCGAGCAGAGCGGUGGGUCCCCGCAGAGCCCCAACGCGCCGCACUACAGCCCCGCAACCGGGCGUGAGCCGCGGCUGGGACAGACGCCUCCGCUUCUCUCAUAAAUCAGCGCCCCGUCCAAUUCAGAACCUGAUUUCCCAGGCCGACGCAUGGGCCACACGCUGGGAUAACCGAGCAGCCUGCACCCCGAUUUUCGCUCCACCCCGGGGUGCGACGCAGGGAGCCGCUCUGAUCCUGCGUUUUGAAGGUUUCCGACGCGCCGCCGCUGCUUUGACCCAAGACGGAGCGCAAGAUGUGGGUGACGCGAUGCUACCGGCCCAAGCUGUCGGUUUGGGCCGUCCUGUGCGUGCUGGUGCUCGGCUGGUUCUACGUUUUCCCCGUGUACAGACUGCCCAGCGACAAAGAGAUUGUGGAGGAGGUGCUGGGGCUGGGGGAAGUGUGGAAGAAGAACCAGACGGGGAUCGAUUUGUACAGGAACCUGCUGACAGAAUGCUGCAAUCCAAGGUGGAUGUUUGCAGUGACGAAGGAGAACUCUCCUAUCGGCAAGGUCUUGUGGUACGACGGAGAGCUGUACCACUCGCACGUUGUCAACAACGAGACGUAUCCACUUUUUGUGCAGAGCAGUCCUCUAAAGUUACCCCUGAAGAAGUGUGCUGUCGUGGGCAACGGCGGCAUCCUCAGGCACAGCAAGUGUGGGCGGGAGAUUGACCAGUCUGACUUCAUCAUGCGAUGCAACCUUCCCCCACUCACAAAGGAAUUUGUUGAGGAUGUGGGAACCAGAACCCACCUGGUCACUGCCAAUCCAAGCAUCAUUGAGAAAAGAUUCCAGAGCCUUCUGUGGUCCAGAAAAGCUUUUGUGGACAAUAUGAAGGUAUAUGGCUCCAGCUUCAUCUACAUGCCAGCGUUUUCCAUGAAGCCAGGUACCGACCCGUCGCUCCGGGUGUACCAUGCCCUCGCAGACUCCUCCUCCAACCUUACCAUGCUCUUCGCCAACCCCGAUUUCCUGCGCAGCGUGGGUAAAUUCUGGAAAUCCCACGGCGUCCACGCCAAACGCCUCUCUACAGGGCUCUUCCAAGUCAGCCUGGCCCUGGGGCUGUGCGAUGAAGUGACAACGUACGGCUUCUGGCCGUUCUCUGUCGGGCUGGACGAGCAGCCCAUCAGCCACCAUUACUACGACAACAUCCUGCCCGAUAAGUGGUUCCACGCCAUGCCCGAAGAAUUCGUCCAGCUUUGGCAUCUACACAAAAGCGGCACCAUACGUGUGCGGGUGGGUCGCUGUCCACCUCAGAAUUAAGGGAGUUAGAGGGCCUAGUGGAAUAACUAAAGUCAGUGAGGCUAAGUAGGAGAAGAGGUUUGAAUUGCAAAAUAUCGACCCAUCGAAUUGAAGGUUACAUGAAUGAACACAUUGUUCUUCUUCGCCCAUGUUCACACUAUUUCCCUAUUUUUCUCCAAUUUUAUCCCCCAUCAUCAUGAGAAUGUCUACUUCCCGACAUGCACGCACACAGUCAAUCACAUUUCAAUCACAAUUUGAGGACCGUGGCAUCCAUUCAUUUUCAUCCCUUUCUAAGGCACAAAAAGGGUCCUCGCAUUGCUUCUAAAAUGUGCAAAAAAAAAUGUUCUCACUCGGCUGGAAGCACAAGUAUCCUCGCGUGCGAACACACGCGGCAAGUUUGCAUACAUGCUCGAAACUUUCCAUCCGCCCUUGUCUGUGCAUGCUUUAAUGCGUUUCCACAGCAAGCCUCAGCUAUGAAAGUGAACUCUGAGUGUGGAUUUUCCUCUUGACUGACACGUGGCAGCUGCAACAAACCCCUGUCUGUGUUUCUGAUGUAAGGAGACGGAGGGAGUGAAGGACCAAAGGGGAGUAAUAAAUUGAAAUAAAAAGUCUACCGGAACACAAGGAGGAAUGGAGAGAUAAUGGCGUCCCAGUAGCUAGUGGUUUGAAAAGAAGUGGAAUUGAAUUGAGCAAGAGGAAGACACACGUAUGACUUCAGUUUUGUCUUUUUCAACCACUUGCUGGACUGGCAUUCUAUUUGGUCCCAAAGUAGAAUUGCAGUACAGUGCAGCUGCCAUUAAAAUCCGAGGCUUAUGAACUCAGUCCCCUAUAAUCUUUAGCAUUGUAUUUGAAACCUUUGAUCCGAAAGGAAAAACAUGUGUGUCCGUCUUUGUUUUGUUUGCCAAAUGUGAUUUAAGUCUUAUUUGUAGGUUUUAAUGUGAAUUAUGUGUCGUGUUCAUCAGGGCAAAAAAUAAUCGUGAUUAUAAUUUCUUGCCAAAACCAAUUUCUACACAUAGGUACAGAUGCCAGCUUUCACAUGACUUGCAUCAUUUUUAACUGUUUGGGAGAAGUCAAACCAAAGCAGGCUCCCUGGAUUAGGAUCACAUCCUAAUCCAUUUCUUCUGAGAACCUGCUGGAAGUCAUCAUUUGGUAGCUGUACUAUACUGAGUGCCAAACCAGGGGAACAGUGCACUCUUUGACACACUCCCGUCCAGUCCUUGUGCUGCUUGUGCUCUGAAGUGAGGAGACACGGAUAUAAGGAGGGCCACUGACAGACAAAGAGACUCCAUGAAACAAGCUGAGCUUUCAGUCAGUGUUCCCUUUUCCCAUUAGAUGGGAUACCUUAUUGAGUAAACAAUGAAUCUCUUUUAUUGAGUUAUUGAUCGUUUUGCCUUACAGCUCAAGCAAAACUGAGCCUUUGUCCUGUAUUUAUCUUUUUUCUUUUCUUUUUUUUUUUGCCUUCUUGUUUCAACAAGAGAAAAAUCACAUUUCAAAGUCAACACGACAAACGUAUUUUUUUUUUUGGACGCGCAAAUGGGAAACGUUGUUUAUUUGUGGAUGUUGUUUUCUUAAAACGUUAGCACAAUAUAUGUUAUUGUGCCAUACGGGUGAUGGUGCAACAAUGGAGGAGUCUGCAUAAGGAAUGCAGGAUGUGAAGCACAGCCCUCUCUACUAGAGGUACCAAAUGUGUUUGUAAGUUAGUGCUUUAUGUUUCUGUCUUUAAAACUGCAUAAGGUCCAGUGCCUUUUUGAUGAAUUAGAGGAGUAUUGCUUGUAAACUCUUCGCUAAUGUGACGGGUGUGAAUUAGUCAGUGAUGCUUACAUUUCAGUCUUCAACACUGUAGAGAAAGCCACAUAGACAAACAUUCAUGGAAGGAGCUCUUGUGACCCCCUUUUAGCUUUGCUAAUUAGUCACAGGCAGCUUUUUGCCUUAAAGGGCAUAUAUCAUCAUACUAAACACCCUAUCUUUUGUACAGGCUGUUCACAAUGGCAGCAUUCAUGUUCAUGUCCAAAGUGUAGCCGAGGGCCGAAAAGCGAUAUAUACCAAAUUUGGAACGGUGCGAUGUAACAAAGCGGCUAACAGAGGAGAAAGUUGGGACGGCAAAAUAUUAAGCUGAAAUGUGCGUUCAUAAGGUGAAGCCACUUUGUCCAGUGACAGGAAGGUAGGCAGUUGGAAGAGAUAUUUGUAUUGAUGGAGAAACGUAAAAAGAAAGGACCGCAGUAAAGCGACACAGUUUUUACUUACAAAGCUUUAUCCUGCCAAACAACGCCCAUGGUCAGCUCUGUGGAGCUCAUUGUUUCCCUGUCUCUCCACCUUGGGCUGUUGCUUCUCUAGUAGCCAAGAUUUUGAUUCUCUUAGAAGUCUGGGUCAGAAGGUGUUUUUUAAAUUAUUAUUUGUCAUUAUUCUAAGUAAUAAUAGGGGAAACAGACAGAGCAAAGGUCCCAAGUCAAGAGUUAAAGCCCAAACACCUGCAGCAAGGACUGAUUCCCUCCUUAUAUGGAUUGCCGACUUAACUGCUACAUCAUGUGCCGUCCCACAAAAAGGGUCCAGUUUGAACUCAACCACUUUCGACACAUCCCAUUUGGAAAUGUCAAGAAAAUGUUUUUUUUUUUUUUUUUAUCUUUAGAAUAAUAGUUGGUUACUUCCAUUUAGGGUAAUCGUAGGUCCAUUCUAAAGACCCAUGUCUUCAGUACCUCGUUUUGUGUCAGAUUAAAAGUACUUGUUGCUCAUCCUCUUUGAAAAACAGUGCAAAGUCAAAUUUCGAUUUAUUUAUGUUGCAUAGUUUUUAAAAUAUGUUGGUUUUCUGUCACUAAAAUAUGAUGAUAUUUGCCCUUUAAGGAUUUUCCUGCAGGAUACAGUCCAGCUGCCACAGGCCUGGUUUUUAUUUAAUAAUCGCUUUUGUUUGUUUAACUGAAUGUUGCUCACACUGAUAGAUUUACAGGCUGUUUUCUGCAGUUCCAUGUUAGCCUGAAAUCCAACGUCAGUACGACUGAUAGAGCUCAGACAGUCACAGUAAUGAGAAGUAAAACAGAAUUCUCUUUUUGAUCGAUAUAUUCAAUUCAAUUCAAUUCAAUUUUAUUUAUAUAGCGCCAAAUCAUGAAACAUGUCAUCUCAAGGCACUUUACA